AAGAAAAAUGUUGGGUGGUUUUUAGAGGGUUUUUCCAUCAGAGAGAGAGAGAGAGAGAGAUAAAAUAAAAUUGGGUAGCGUUCUAAAGAACAACGUUUUCUCGGUGAAAGGAAAACAUGGGAUAGAAAAUUAGAGAAACAGAGAGAAAGAAAGUGCCGUGUAAGGGACAAGACAUUUGUGUUUUCUUCUAUGAUCUUUGCAUCUUCUUCUAAAUUCGCUUUCAUAAUUUCCUUCUUUACGUGAAGGCAAAAUAUAAUAAAGGGGUGAACUUUGAACCAGAAAAGGAAGAGAAUUUUGGCUUUUUAAUAGAAGGUGUUAUUGUUGGGAUUAUAAAGCUUGAGUAACUGGGAAAAUUGUGCAUUUUCAAAAAUUGGAACCACAAAUGCUGUUACUCUGUACGUGAUGUGUCCUUCUUGGUAUGAUCUCUGAGUAUGGUGUUGCAGAAGAGAUUAGAUUACGGAUUCAAUGGCUAUCAGGUUCCUCCCAUUCCCCGAGCUACCAGAUCAGCUAGGAGGAGGAGUUCCUUUAAGAAGAAACAUGAAGAGAAUCAGAUGUGUGCAUUUGACUUAUUAGCCAUUGUAGCUGGAAAGUUAUUGCUUGAUAAAGAAAGUGCUCCCAGUUCUAGUGAUACAUCAGCGGACGAAGAUCAGCGUGCAGUUAUUAAUAGUGCUGUAAAAAAUGAAUGGCAGGAUGAAGAAAAAUCUUUGAAAGUAGAAGCUUGCGAUCAGGGAAGUGCUGACAAGAACAUCUAUGUUUCUGAUCUAUCACACGUUCAUCGACAAGGUUGCAGUUCCAAAGAAUCUCUGGUCACCCAGAAUGACCUCAAUUUAGGAUUAGCUUCUGCACUAGCAAAGCCUGAUUGUGCAGCGAGGUCCAAUGUUGAGAAGUUUGGGAAUGGCCAAAGCAAGAGUGAAAUAGGAACUUUUGCCAGCAAAGUGGAGGGAGGUUCCUCUGAGUACAUAGAAUUUGGUGACUGUAAAUUAGAGGCUGAAACUAAAACAGCAGUGAAAGAUGAGCCUCAUAAGUCUGGGAUGGUGCAAAGUAGCACUGUGGCCAAUAUAUGCAAUUUAGAGGACCCUGUGGUGAUGGAUGCAAAACCUCCUGCACUAGUCAGUUCAGAUAGUAGUGCCAAGGUGCCUCUGUGUGGGAACCAUAUUCCCAAUAGUUCUUAUCCCACAAAUCAGGAUGAUGUAAAUGUAGUUAGUAGAGAUGAUGAUGAAAACUCCUCUGGGUGUACUCACCCUAUCACCACAAAAAAGUUCUUUAGGCCAGCACCACGGAUUGGAGAUCGAAGAAUAAGGAAAAUUUUGGCUUCUAAAUAUUGGAAAGUAGCUCCAAGGUUGAAGGAUGCUAGAGUUUCUAACUCUGAUAGGGAUUUGAAGCCUGUUUUCCGCAAGAGGCAGAACUGUUACAGACAUCAAAGGUCUGAAAGGAUAUAUCCUUUCAAAAAGAGGAAGCACUUUGCCUAUAGUUCACCAUCAAAUUCUGAUGGAGGAAUGAGUUGUGAGUUUGUUUCUGAUUCAUCUCAAAAGGGCAGCAAUGAAGAUGCUUCUGUCUCCUGUUCAAGAAUGCGUGGAGGUCAACACACUUCAUUCCUACCUAGGGAUUCUCAUGUGAAGCUCAGGAUCAAGUCUUUCAGUGUGCCAGAGCUUCUUAUUGAGAUUCCAGAAAGUUCAACUGUUGGUUCAUUGAAGAGGACUGUCAUGGAGGCCGUGACUGCUAUACUUGGUAGUGGAUUACGUGUUGGUGUACUUCUUCAAGGAAAGAAGGUUAGGGAGGACAAUAAAACCUUACAGCAGACUGGGAUUUCUCGCAAUAACCAGUUGGAUGCUUUGGGUUUUUGCUUGGAGCCUAAUCCUUCACAAAUCCCCCCUUCUCUGUGCCCUGGAGAUUCUCCCUUUUUUCUUCAAUGUGACACACCACAGCCUAUACUCAGGUAUCCUCACACUACCGGUGUGGUACAUCAGGGCAUUUGUGCUGUUCCUGAGCCUCAUGUGAACAAUUUAGGGAAUUAUAUUGAGAGUGACCAUGACUCAGCACCCUCUCCUACUGACACUUCAAUGGACAAAAGCACUAAUUCAAAAGCGCUGGUUGCAGUACCAGCAAUGAAUGUAGAGGCGCUAGCUGUGGUUCCGGCACAUCGGAAAUCCAAACGAUCUGAGAUUGCACAGCGCCGAAUUCGUCGACCUUUCUCUGUUACUGAAGUUGAAGCAUUGGUUCAAGCAGUUGAGAAACUUGGAACGGGAAGAUGGCGUGAUGUUAAACUGCGAGCCUUUGAUAAUGCAAAGCAUCGGACAUACGUGGAUUUGAAGGAUAAAUGGAAAACACUGGUGCACACGGCAAGAAUAUCUCCUCAGCAAAGGAGGGGAGAGCCUGUCCCCCAGGAGCUCUUAGACAGGGUCCUAGCUGCGCAUGCUUACUGGUCCCAGCAGCAAGCCAGGCAACAGUUCAAACACCAGCAGGCAGAGACUUGCCUUCUCCUCUGAGAGCUGGUAGCACGUGUUUGAACAAAACAUAGACUAGUGGAUUAAGAGACUGAUUUCAAUUUUUUUAUGUAUUCUGUGGCCAGUCUGUAAAAAGUUGAUAACAAGGGAAAUAGAAGUGUUGAAGAAAUCCAUGUGAUAUUGUUGCGCUCGCCGCCAUUCUUUUCCUGCUUGGUGGGGUUUGGCACUUGUAAAUGGUCGAUUGAAUAAGAGCUUCCUAACAGAAAUCAUUUGGUAACAGAAA